AUGACCUCUCCAUCUCCAACCUGGGACCCAAACUCCCCAACCUUCCCAACAAUCCACUCCCUCCCCUCAAUCCCAGGAGCACCAAAAUACGCCUCCUGGUUCUGGGGUCCCGAAGAUUUCCUCGGCCGCAUCAACCUCCUAACUCCCUCCCGCGUGAAAUCCGCCGCCGCCUCCUCAAUCCUUACCGGGGAGAUGGCACGUACAGAUUUACCUUUACAUAUCCCCGAACAACCUGCUUUUGGCCGACAGGUUUUUAGGCAUGAAAUUAAAGCUCUGAGACCGGGGAGAGCUUAUGAUGAUGUUUAUGAAAUGAAUACGCAGAGUGGGACGCAGUGGGAUGGAUUUCGUCAUGUGGCGGAUCAGGAGACGGGGUGGUUUUAUAAUUUUACUAGGGGGAGGGAUAUUGAUGGGGAGGAGGGGGAGAGGAAUGAGAGGGGGAGUAUUCAUUAUUGGAGUUUGCAUGGGUUUGCUGGACGGGGUGUUCUGCUUGAUUAUCGCAGCUGGGCGACUGCUCAAGGCAUCAAGUAUGAUUCCGCUACGAAACAUGCAAUUUCCUACGCGGAUCUCGUUGAAGUUGGGAAAUUUCAAGGAAUGGAUAUUCGUCCCGCGGCUCAAGGAGGGGAUAUUCAAAUUGGGGAUAUCCUAUUCGUUCGAUCCGGAUACGUGGAAGAUUACUACAAGAGAACCAAGGAGAAGAAUUAUGAAAUCGGUUUGAGGAAAUUUGCUACCGAGGGCGAGGAUAGUGAGAUUCAAGCUUGGGCGGGUUUGAAGGCUGAGGAAGCUAUUAGGGAUUGGUUGCAUGAUUGUUACUUUGUGGCUUCGGCUGGGGAUUCGCCUACUAUGGAGGUUUUCCCUCCUCCGAGUGAGGGGGCGUUGCAUGGGUAUUUGUUGGCUUGUUGGGGUAUGCCGAUUGGGGAAAUGGUGGAUUUGGAGAAGGUGGCGGAGUUGGCGAGGAAGUAUCAGAGGUGGACGUUCUUCUUUACGAGCGCUUCGGCGAAUGUUGUCAGGGGUGUGAGCAGUCAUGUUAAUGGGACGGCUAUAUUUUAG